AUGGAGGAAGCCUCUGUAGAGGCGGCCUCGGAGAUUGAAGUGGAGGUGGAAGAGGAGGAGUUGCGGCGCGGCACGCCCGCUUCGGAUUUAGGGGAGGACGGGGAGAUCACCGGCGAUGGCAGAGACAUGGCCGCCGCCGCCGAGGGAGACCAUUACUACCAGUCGCCGUGGCCGCACUUCAGGUUCGACCUUCCUCCGAGGAGGGUUUAUCAUUUCUCCAAACAGUACCGUAACCGAACCAGGAGCGGCGCCGCCGCUGUCGCCGGUGGAAACAACUUCCUCAAAGGGGUGAAGUGGUCUCCCGAUGGGUCCUCAUUCCUCACAAGUUCCGACGACGACUCCCUCCGACUCUUCUACCUGUGAGCGUCUCCCCCUCAUGCGGGUUCGAUUCAUCACCCUUCGAUUCCCUCACACAACUCUGGUUCCUCCCCUUGCUCAGGCCGGACGACAUCAGCGGCGGCGGCGGGGCGCUCCAGGAAGCAGAGGUCAUCGGUGAAGGUACGAGUCGCCGUAGAUGAGGAUUGCAGAACCCUCUUCCUGUAUCGAUUCCCAUGAACUUUUAGGGAUUCUGGUGCUUCUCUUGCGCCAUUCCCCUCCCCCCGCAGAUGCCUUCGAUUCGAAUAUGAUCGUGUGCGAGGCGGAGUCAGUCUACGACUACUGCUGGUAUCCAUUCAUGUCUGUUCAAGGUGGGUAGUUCAUCUUCCACCUCUCAGCUUCUCCAUGCUGUGAUGAACUCGAUGUCUUCAAGGAGCCGUCCUGAUGAAUGCUGGAUUUGGGUUGCAGACCCGACGACCUGCGUGUUCGCGAGUACCACCAGGGACCAUCCUAUCCAUCUGUGGGAUGCCUUCUCAGGGCAGGUGAGGCCUUGCCCUUGUCUGCAGGGCUUUCAGUGAGAUUGAUCUCUGAUCUAGCAAACGUAUGAUUCUGCAUUUCUGUUUGUUAUUGUCUGCAGCUAAGAGGCACCUACAGAGCAUAUGAUGCCAUGGACGAGAUCACAGCUGCCUUAUCGGUCUCCUUCAACACCUCUGGGACUAAGUAUGUGAGAUCUGAGAUCGAUUCGAUUUCAUUUUUGGUCGAUGUUUUUUUUGCAUUAUAAGCACGCAUGAACUGGAAAUGUUCAUACCUCAUCAUGCAAAACCCCUAAAUUUUUUGGGUUCUGAUGGUGGGGAUUGAAUCCAUAUUUUUCAUCUCACUAAACCCAUUUAAGUUCUGGUUGUGGCAUUUUAACCCACUUUUUUCAUUACGCAAACCCUAAAUGAUUCUUGGUUCUGAAGGCGGAGCCCGAAUUUUUCAUCGUGCAAAGCCCAAAAAAAUUCUAGGGUUCUAAGUUGGAAGCCUAUAUUUUUCAUCACACGAAACCUUAUAAUUCUGGCUGUUGAAGUUGCAUGCGCUAUUCUAACAUUAUAUAAACUUAGUAUUCCCCCCUCCUAUCUAGAGACAUCACGGUGCUUAUUUUUUUCUUUUCUCACAUAUUGAGUGAUUAAAACUGGAACCACAAGAAGAAAAAAAAACCCAAAAUCGCUUACCCAUGUUGAGAUAACACACUACUUAUCCAAAAAAAGAGGAUGAUACAGAUGGGCAUCGUCUGGGGACAUGCAAGCUUCACAUCCUGUAUCAUUGAGCAUCGAUUUCCGACUAUCAAAAAGUGGGUUAAUUGGGGCAUCUAAUGAUGAGCUUAGCAUCGUAAGCCUACACAUCAAGUAGGAGAAUCAUAGUGCCAGAAUGGCUCAUAUCUGUUUAGGGCAUGUGCGGGAUCAGGAGUUUGAUCUUUAUGCUUCAAUGGUUGGGAAUCAAUCUGCAGUAACUCCAAUUGUGCCUUCAGAUAACUAGGGAAAAUCUUGACUCACAGAUACUCUAGUGUAUUGUGGUCAACUCGCCCAGUCGCACCUAGCAGCAGCAAGACCACUACUCCCUGCAGGUCACUCACUAGAUGGCGUCCUGAUGUCCUGAUGGGGUUUUCACCUUCUUCUUUUUUUGUUGCAGGUUAUUUGCUGGUUACAAUAAGUGUAUCAGAGUAUUUGACAUUCACUGUCCUGGUCGAGAUUUUGAGCAGCAUUCAACCUUGAAAGGCAAUGAGGGGCUUUCUGGUACUUGAUUCUUUUCUUUGACUUGCCCAAUUGAUGAAACUCUGAUCAGAAAAAAAGAAAAAAAAAAGGGUUAAUGGAAUUAAAGGAUUGGAAGCUAUUGCAUAUGCCCUGCAUCGCUCCAUUUACAUCUAAGAUUGUUGAUCCCUGACAUAUUAUUAUGAACCCAAACCCUAGAUAAGAUUGUUGUUGAAAGCCUUAAAAAAAUGAGAAUUCCUUAGAACCUUCUAGCAUAUGAACUCAUACUCUUUGUAUGCUCCUUUCUUUGAUACUUUUGCUUGAAAUGAUAACCAAGCUUUUCAGUACAUAAUAAUGGAGGAAUCUUUGUCCAAACUUCAUGAUUUAUUGUAUGCCGUUCUAUUUAAAAACUACCAUUCAGCAAUCCUAAUGAAUUUAUUUACUUGGCAUAAUGAAGUCGUCUUUUUAUUAUUUCAGGCAUUGUAUCCUCAAUCGCCUUCUCUCCUGCACACAAUGGCCUGCUAGCAUUGGGUUCUUAUAGUCAGACAACUGCAGUGUAUGCUGAAGAUAAUAUGGAACUUUUGUUUGUUCUGCAUGGUCAAGAAGGGGGGGUUACUCAGGUUUGUUUGGCAAUAGAAACCCCCUGCUGUUAUUUUAGCAUAGUUGACAUCAUCUGACUUGGAAUUAUUUGUUUGAUCAAUUUAAUUUAAUUGCAGGUUCUGUUCUCCAAAGACGGGAAUUAUUUAUACACUGGUGGCCGAAAGGUAAAUGAAAGAUUGAACACUCAUCUUGAUCUUUCAAAUGAGAUGGAACAGAAACCUCUGAAAGGAAGUGAGAGGUGAAAGCUGGUUGUUUUCAUAUCAUCUCCUCGCUUCACAGAAGGAGAUUUUGCAUUUCGUGUUUGACUUUGACAUGAUAUGUGAUCCAGGGCAAAAACUAAAGAACAUUGGUUUUACAAGGCAUAAAUUGUGCCUUGUUAUUUUAUUAUAGCAUCGUCUAAAUAUGAUUUUUUAUUAAUUAUGUGAAUAUAUGUUAGUUGUCCCAUUUGUAUGGUCCAUUUUUUGCUCAUAUUGCACCCUUCAGAAUGGUAAACAGGUCCUUCUUAACAUUUUUUUUUUCCCCCAAAUCAAAUGAGUUGGCUUACCCGACCCCUGACCGAGUUGGAAGCCCUGAAACCCAAUCUUUAGCCGCAAGUGAAAGAUGCCCUCUUGGUGUUGUGAAAUACGGAAAGAACAAAAGAGCAUAGUAGGAGAGGAGGUAAUUGCAGUGAAUCUAAGUAGAAAGGGUGAGUGGCAUUUUUAGUAGAGGGAAAAAAGGGCAGAGAUGGAAAGAGGAGAGGAUUAGAAACAGCAAAAAGUAAAUGGUAACAGGAGGUAAUCGUUGAUGCAAAAAUAAAUAAAUGAGAACAAUGUGAAGAAAAACAUGGAAGUGGGGAAGAUAAACCGGAAUUGAGAGUGUGAACCCCCAAUUGGAUAUGAUCCCCUAAUGGACUGGGGGCAGCCUGAGUUGGAUCGGGUUCAGAUUGACCAAUACGGCCUGAAUUUUGUUUAAAUUUUGUUAAGGGGUAUUGUGUUUCUAACACAGUAUGUACAUUCGAAUUUGUAGAAAAUCAGGGUGUACAACAAAGUAUGCUUUGAACAUCAACUCAUGCUACUUAGAAACUGCAUCGCUGAAUCUGAUCAGAUAUUGUGAGUCGGAGCAUAAAAAGUGAGGGGCCUUGCUGAUCCAAUGAGAGUUCUCUUUCAAUGAAUACUGUUUUCUUCAGGCACACCGUUUGAAAAAAUAGACAGAAUAAAGAAAUCAUAAACUAAAGGGGACUUCCAGAGCAACUAAACUAGUUUUAUGAAAUCAACGGGCUUGUUACUACUAUUUUAUGGUCUAGCGUUUUCAUCUACACCGACAUGAAUUCUAUCAAACCGCUGUUCUUUUAUUUGAUUCCUUUGUUUCCUAAGAAAUGAUUUUGAUUUUCUGAAAAACUCCCAGGAUGCACGGUCAUUUCAAUUAUUACCAUGGUAGCCCUUUCAUGUUUGCACAUUUUCAUCAAAUACCUAUUCUAAGAACGUUAUAUUUCAUGUAGGAUCCUUAUAUUUUAUGCUGGGAUAUUCGAAAUACUGCUGGUGUUGUGUAUAAGUGAGUUACAUCAGGUUUUACUCUCCCAAUUACGCUAUUUUUCUUAUCUAAUAUUCUUAUUGAUCGUUUUCAUCUUCUAUCUUGAAUAUUUGAUCGAUUCAUGCAAGUUUUGUCACUUUACCCAAUUAAGUUCUCAUAUGGCGUGGCAUGUUGGAUGAAACGCUUGAAAUGGAAAAAAUUGAAUGAAAAUUUUUCCAGCAUCAUGAGAAAAAGGUAGGAUCAACAUCAGCUGGAUGUAUUUCACUGGAGAAAGCUUCCUACUUGUCAUUCUGAAAUCAAUCAAAGAAACCAGGAGCAUUCCUUGUCCAUUUCCCAAGUUGUAAGAUUAAAUGUCAAAUCUACAGCAUGUAUUGGGGUAUUGCGAUAAACGCUUGAGCAUAAACCUGGAGUAAAGUUAAUGAAUUUAUUUGCCAAGUGGAUUGUGGAAUGACACUUAUUCUUGUAUACAUUCAGUGUACAAGCAUUUAAUGGCACGAUUUAUUUGAAAAAAGAUGUGCUCAUUAGUUGUUGAGUUUUACCCUACACCCAAUGAAAGUCCUUUCAAGUCUGUUCCCAUAUAAUUCUCCCAUCUUUUCUUCCCCAUCUGAGACCACCUCCUCGUUCCAUAUCUUUCUCCUAUUCUUAUUGACUAACCAAUGCAUCACUGUUUCAUAAGCCAACUUACUUGAAUUUCCCUCGAACUUGUGUGCAUCGCCUAAUUUUUUUUUCUGGUUGGACCCAACCCUGCACUCAGGUUGUAUAGAUCAGCUGAAUCAACAAAUCAGCGAAUAUCUUUCGACAUAGAACCUUGCGGCAGACACCUUGGUACAGGCGGCCAGGUUAGAGGCUCUUUUUUUUCUUUCUUUCUUUCUUUCUUUCACCGGAUUUCCUUUCUCUUGCAUUAUUUGAUGCCAUGUCUUGAGCACGGUGCCCUUCAUUAUGCCAAUAGGACGGUUUGGUUCACAUCUACGACCUUCAAACGGGUCAAUGGUUGUCAGGCUUUCAAGCUGCCCGUGGUAAGUUGCUUCAACUCUCCGUCCCCUUCAAAUCAUAUUCCAUGCUGUUCUUGAUGAGUCUCUUCCUUCCAGACACUGUCAAUGGCUUCUCUUUCCAUCCGUCCCUUCCCCUGGCGGCUUCCUCAUCAGGGCACCGAAGAUUCAGCUCCCCAGAGUGCUCCGAGGAAAUUCUCGAGUUGAAAGGUAGUAGCAACGCAGACGAUAUUGCUUAGAAUCACCCUUCUGAUUGAAAAUAUUGAACCAUUUUUCUUUUCCACUGAUCUAGCAACGGCUCUUGGGUUGGGUCUCAAUGCUUCGGUGUGAGACAGAGAUGGGUCUGCUGCUCCUGGGGGCAGGAGGAGCAAAUCUCUGGUUUUUUUUUGUUGUAAAGUUUCUGCGAAGCAUUUAUGAAGGAAGAAUUGCUUCCGUAAAUAUCUGGGCCAUGAACAGUCUCUGGUCUCUGGUUUCUGGUUCCUUUCAUGAUGCAGGUGAUGAAAACUGCGCAUCCAUUUGGGAGUUCUCCGGUCCUGCUGGCCUCAACAGCGAGGAGUCUCUCACAUGA